CACAGUGUAAGAGCAUGCGAUUCGGGCAACAUGUCUAAACCACUGGACCAAAAGGUCACUAUGAUCAGACCUGAUGGCUUUGUUGAUGAAGAUCUCGUCAUCGAGCAUUACGAAUACUACCCUAUUUCCCCACGAUUGAAAUUUCCGAUGUUUCGUGACAGAGAUACUCCUGCCGCGCGCAACGUCUAUCCACUAAUCCAACCGGCGCUCCUCAUGUCGCGAAUCAUAAUUAAACGCUGGCAAUCUUUCGGCGUCUUCGUCCGGCGUCGACACCUAGGCCUCCAAGCCGAUGAGACUAUUGGACGCAUCAAAAAAGCCAUCCCUGACAUUGAUUUUGAUCCUGAUAUGCAUCCAAAUUCUUCCCCAUUUGCAGAUAUGAAUCUGUAUCCCAAGGCGAUAUCAGAUCUGAUAACUUUGGACUACAAUAUUAUUCGACUCUUGGAGGAUUCCACUUCGACCCACAGUCAGAAAUUAGCAGCCCAUGUGUUGGAGUCAUGUAGCAUUCGAGCCGGUCAACUACGCUCCGAUGAUGAGCCAUUUGAAACACCUCCUGACUUGGAUUUUCGCCAACUUUUCACUGAGCCAUAUUGGACUAUUGCGCAACAACCCCUGCGGCCUCCAGUUGACAAAUAUGCACGGUAUGCUAUUCUUGAAAACGAGCUAAUUGAUGAGUGGCGUGGCCUGCCAAUGAAGAGCAAAGUGCGUGAAAGGGACGUACAUGUUGAAACAGGGAGUCUUAGCAAGAAGCACAGGUCGAUUAUACCCGUCAAUAUCUGUGGGGGCAAAAAGUGUAGCUCUGAUACCUCUAUAACAUGUGGAAAUUUGCCAUUUGCUAAAGCCAAUGAUAGUAUAAGUUAG